AGAUUAGUUUGCGGACGGACGAAGUAAUGUUAAACAUUUUGAAAAUACAGCGGUAAUUGAUUAGUUUGGUUGGCAUAAAGACGGAUAACGAAAUCUUUAACAUUUUCGAAACAAAGUUGAGAAAAUAAAUCAAGUAAACUCAUACGGAUGACGCUCAUGUGGAGUAGAACGUAUAUGACAUUGCCAGUAUGGACUCUGCUAAAGCGAGUGACACUAUAAAAAAGAUAGACAGCCAAGAAAAGCAGCAACAUAGAUUAUCGACUGAAGAUGAUAGCGAAGGAGCAUUCGAAGCACUGCAAAGUAAGAAUCGACAAGCAGUAAAUAUUCCAUCUGGAUCAAGCAUAGCGCCAAUCCAAGAUAGCUGCGGUGCACAGGAUGUCCAGCAAUCUACAGUGGAUUUUGAGUACAAGGAUGGAUUGCUAUUUCUUCCAAGCGUGGAAACCUCGCAAGCCACUGAAAUGCAUGUGCAUCAGGAUGAAGACGCGGAUUGUAAUGAACCAAAUCUGGACUCUCUGUCUGAGGAGGUGGUUAAACUACUGGAUAGACAAAAUAUUCCCGAACCAACUACUACAAAUAAUGCAGGUCCAUCAGAUGAAGAAGAAUUCAACGCUCGGCAGUCGGAACAAGAGCGUACUCGCCGUAUAUCACUCAAGGAGGCAUUCAAGAGAGAUGGAUAUGCAAGCUUACAUGAGGAAAUAAAAAAGCAAUUAGAGUCAUGGAAAGAUGUUAAUCUGAAUAUUGCUGUAAUUGGUGUGUCGGGCACCGGGAAAUCAACGUUUAUAAACACGGUGAUAGGAAAACAUGUGGCAGAGUCUGGAUCAAUCGAAACGACUUUGAAAUGCACGCCUUUUCCACAUCCGGGAUAUAAAAACGUUAAGUUUUGGGACAUACCCGGGGUGGGUUCUCCUAAAUUUCCUAAAGAAACGUACCUUGAGAAAAUAAACUUCAAAACAUACGACAUCUUCCUACUUUUGUUCUCUACCAGGAUGUAUACCGAAAAUACGUGGCUACUCGAUGAAAUCUCAAAAGAAGGGAAGAAAGCGUACCUCGUGAGAACAAUGAUUGACAAUGUCAAUGAUAGCGUACAAAGGGACUAUCAAGGAAAGAAAACGGAAGAAGAAGUUCACCAAAUGAUAAUCGGAAACAUUCAAGAAAACAUGCCAACUAUUGCUAGAAAUCAUAUUUUCCUUAUAUGUUGCUUUAGACAAGAUUAUGCCGAUUUUGAAAAUCUGUUAAAAACCAUUCUUCAAGAGCUACCAGACAUGAAACGAACGACAUUAGCACUAUCACUGUCAGCGACUUCUGAUGAGAUCAUUACCUUGAAGGUCAAAGAACUAAAGGCAAGGACACCGAAGGUGUCAGCUGGGGUGUCCAUUGGUACCGUCAUUCCAAUAGUUGGAAUUUGUGUGCAGGUCGGUGCCCUAUAUAAGGAAGUUAUGUUUUACCGACAGCAGCUUGGAACAGACGAGGAUUCGAUAAAGAAGAUAGCAAAACGAAUUGAUCUCAAAGAGGACGAAAUAUAUGAGAAAUUAGAUUUAGCGGAUAAAGCCUUUUUUAGAUCAGUAUUUGCGUUUUCGGCAUUUGCAGUAAAUGCUGGUGGAUAUUUGUUUUUAAAAGAAACGGCAAAAGUGGCUGUACCGAUCAUUGGUACACUUGUUUCCGGUGUUAGUAAUUAUAAAUGGAGCGUUUUUACAUUAGAAUCCAUUUUAUCAAAGUUUGAAAUAGAAGCCAGGAAACUGAAUCGUUUUCUCAAAGAAUGGACAGAAAAAAAAGAAUAACGCUGCACAAUAAUAUUGUUCAAAGACAAGUGAAAAAAAAAACAUUCAAGGAACCAAUCGUUGUCAUUAUUUGAUUUGUAUAAACGUUAAACGUUUUGCUGUUUAUAAAAAGCAAAUUGUAUCACUUAUUCAGAUAUUAAUUUACGUAGUUCAGUUCCGAAAAUCUUAACGCAUAAACAAAAUUAAAAUUGGUCCUACCUGGAUCUUAGAAUACAGUGGCCAUUCGGAUUGCGUGGUAUACAUAACGGACCAAUCCAAUGAAUGGAGUAAAUGAUGUAUGACCAUAAGUUUGAUUUAAGUUACAUAUUGAAUACCCCUCCUGAUCUGCACAAUAAAUUGUUAUGGUUUCAAGUGUCAAUAUAUUCCCAAAACACCUUUAUUUGGUGUGGCUUUAAACAACAUGAAGGAAAAUAUUCAGUUGAUAUAAAUCAAAUGUAAUGUUAUCACACGCUGAUUUUCAUCUAUAUACCAUGUAUAAUUGAUGAGACAAGUAGAAGGAAGAUAGGAUUGAUAUAUUGAUUGUAAAUGUUAUAUGAAUAUUAAAUCCGCCUAUUUCAAUCAACAUAAUAACAUCACAGUAGAGAUAUUCAUUUGCCAUAGACUCAGAUGCUUUACUCCGACGGAACGAAAAUGAUUAUGUUAAUAGCAUGAUCUCAAUUGAUUCAGAAAAUGUAUUUGUAUUGGCUAUCACAUGAAUAAAUUGGCUGACCAUAGAGGAGUCAUAGACAUCAGACACUUUAGGUAUAGUUGGAUAAUUUUAAAUAAUUAAAGACUGGCCAUUGGCCAAGCACUCGAGCUUUUCAUAUUGACAUGUAUGGACACCAACUAAACAUACUGCCUGGAACCAAAUUACAACCGCACAUAUAACAACAACUACUACAAAU